AUGAGAUGGGAGUUGGAACAGCGAUCACCUGCUGACCUAGUCACAAAAUUGGUAACCGUUCAUGACAAUCCCUAUUCGGCCGCCGAUGAUGCCCAUGCUAUAGUCAUUUUGACUGAAUGGGAUGAGUUCAAGACCCUGGACUACGAGCGAAUCUACAAGACGAUGAAACACCCGGCGUCGAUCUUCGACGGUCGCCUGAUUCUCGACCAACGCCAAUUGCGCGAGUACGGUUUCCGAACGUUUGCCAUCGGUUCGGCUCCCGAUCAAGCGUACAACCUCUUUGGCGUACCGCUUGACUAG